AGAUCAGAAAUUAAACUGCUCAACUUUUUCUUUCCCUUCAAUGAUGUUGACAUAUUCCAGUUAGAAUAUUAAUCAUUUCAUUUGGAAACAUUUAUAUUUACAUAAUGAACUUAAAAUUCGUACACUUUUAAUCAUAAUAAUGUGAAUUUUUUUAUUGAAUAGUAAACAUGAAAAUUUGGAUGUAUAUGUUUUCUGAUAUUAAUAAUUCUCUUUUUCCCUAACUGUUCUGCUUCCUGAAGUUUUAAUAUAGUUGGGUUAUAAUAUGUCAGAAAACAGCAGGAAAUAUGAAUUACAUGAAUCCGUCUUUAAAAAUGAUGUUAGAAAAGUUGCAUCUACUCUUAGGACGCAUAAUGUUGGCCAAAAGGAUAUGCAUGGUAACACACCUCUUCAUAUAGCUGUGAUGAAAGGGCACAAAGAAUGCGUACAACUACUACUUGCACACAAUGCACCAGUUAAAAUAAAAAAUAAGCUGGGAUGGAGUCCUAUAGCUGAAGCAAUAAGUUAUGGAGACAGACAAACUAUUUCUUCUCUUAUACGAAAAAUGAAGAUGCAGUCCAGGGAAUCCAUGGAAGUAAGAAGGCCAGAUCUAAUUUUAGCUUUAAGUCAGAUGGGUGACUUCUUCAUGGAAUUAAAAUGGGAUUUCCAAAGUUGGGUUCCACUGGUGUCUAGAAUACUGCCUUCAGAUAUUUGUCGUAUUCAUAAAAAGGGAUCAAAUAUCCGGUUAGAUACAACUUUGGUAGACUUCAGUGAUAUGAAAUGGGAGCGAGGAGAUAUCAGUUUUUUAUUCAUUGGUGAUGCCAAACCAUCACAAUCAUUAGUUGUCUUGGAUAAUAAACUCAAAGUUUUUCAAAAAAUGCGUUAUGAGGAAACAGAAGCUGAAAUUGAAGAUGAAGUUGACAUCCUGAUGAGUAGUGAUGUUGUAGCAGCUCAAAUAUCCACCAAGUUGAUCACAUUUUCCCGAGCUCAGUGUGGUUGGUUGUUCAGAGAAGAUAGAACAGUAAGUUAAAUUUUAAUUUUUAUC